AUGGGCUGGUUAUGGGGAGCCAAGAAAGAGAGUGAUGUUUCGUCUGAGACCAAGAGCAGUGGCAGUAGCAAGGAGAUGCCUGCAGUACCAAAGGAUGAACCGACAUCAUCACCUGAAGUCGACCCCGAUGAUGGUCGGCAAGUGGCAGACGCUCAUAAGCAGGCCAUUCAGUCGUGUAAGCAUCUUAAGGAUCGAUACGACCAAUGCUUCAAUAAUUGGUACCGGCAUGCAUUCCUUCGAGGCGAUCUAGCCCUCUCGUGUGACGAGUACUUUGAGGAGUACCGUGCAUGUCUAGUGGAGGAUAUGGAAGCUCGAGGCCUCGGACACCUGUGCAUGUUUGGUCCGGACAAACCAGCUGACUUUGAUGAGGGUAACGAUUAA